AGUCAGUUCAGGUUCGGUCCCUUUGGAGCAGUGCCGCAGUGUCCAAGUGUUCAAGUUUUUCGUGUGUCGUUUUUUUUAUGGCCGGGUAAUGUCGCAGCGCGGACGCACGAGGAGCCCCCCGGGCCCCUCGGCCCUUGCCUGGGCCCUUUGGACCCUCUCGAUCGGUCUGAGCGUGGGACAGCAGUGUCCGCUGCCGGCGGUUCCUCUGAACUCGAGGGUGAGCCUGAGCAGCAGCACCCCCGGCGUGGGCGCCACGGCCACCUACUCGUGCGACGACGGCUACGAGCUCUUCGGAUCGAUCUCGUUGCCCUGCGUCCAACAAGGAUCUCGCGCGGUCUGGCAGGGAGACCUCCCAUUCUGCGGCACAAACGUGGCUUACAGGAAGCCGGCGAACCAGUCGUCGUCGAUGAGAGGCGGCGCCGCGCCGAACGCGGUCGACGGUGACAAAGAGGUCAUCCAUGACGGCAAAAGGUGCACCGAGACGGGCAGGGAGCCCUCGCCCUGGUGGAGAGUUGAUCUGCUCAGGGAGUACCCUGUCAGGGCCGUCAGACUCACUUCAAGAGGAUGCUGCGGUCACCAAUUGCUGCAGGACCUGGAAAUCAGGGUGGGCAACAGUUCUGAUUUGCAGAGAAACCCUCUUUGUGCGUGGUAUCCAGGCACGAUAGAUGAGGGCACGACAAAAAUUUUCACUUGUGCCAGGCCGAUCGUCGGCAGACACGUUGCCGUGCAAAUGGUCGGCGUCGAAGGGUCUCUCUCCCUCUGCGAGGUGGAGGUUUUCACCACUGACGAAUUUUCGAACGAGCGUUGCGUGCCGAGCGGCGUGGUGCAGGAGGGCAGCGAGUCGGCCGUCUUCUCGCGCACGUGCUACGAGUUCCACACAACCAAGGGCGCCUCUUACGAGCAGGCGAGGGCCUCAUGUCGGCGGGUGCCCGGCGGAGACCUGCUGCACGCCCCUGGCACAGCGCACAACGGCUUCGUCCUCUCCGAACUGGAACGCAGGAAGCCCAAGCUGAAGACUCAGCUCGUGUGGCUCGGCGCCACCCGCGACCCUGGAUACACCUCCCGCACCUGGCGAUGGGUCAACGGAGAGGCGGUUGGCAAGCCUGUGUGGGGAAAGGACCAGCCAAAUAACUACAAUGGCGAGCAGAACUGCGUGGUUUUGGACGGUGGCCGCGGGUGGCAGUGGAACGACGUCGGUUGCAACCUUGACUACCUCCACUGGGUGUGCCAGCACCAGCCGGCCGCGUGCGGCAGUCCAGAUCGCAACCUGAACACGAGCAUCGCCGGCGGAGAUCACGUCGUCGGCAAGUCGAUCACCUACUCGUGUCCCGAGGGUCACAUGCUGGUCGGGAACGCGACCCGCGAGUGCCUCAACACUGGCUUCUGGUCGGGCGUGGCUCCCACUUGCAAAUACGUGGACUGCGGUUCGAUCAAGGCUCCAGAACACGGCUCAGUGCAGAUGCUGAGUGGAAGAACGACACACGGAGCAUUGGCCGAAGUCACCUGCGAGAGCAACUACACCCUGAAGGGUGACGCAAAGAAAAAGUGCGGUGACGAGGGUGUCUGGUCCGGAGAAGAGCCUCAGUGUCUCUUUGCCUGGUGUCCCGAGCCGCCGGAGGUUGCCGGAGGACGCGUGGAGAUGACAGGACGCAAAGCUGGCUCCACUGCCACCUACAAGUGCCAAGCUGGCUUCAUCCUUCUCGGCGAAGCUGUUCUGACUUGCGGCCUGGGGGGCACGUGGUCGGGCCGCGCGCCAGAGUGUCGAUUUGUGGACUGCGGGGCGCCGGCCAACACGUUCCACGGCCGCGUUGAGUUGCUGAACGCGACCACGACGGCCGGCAGCGUGGCCAGGUACGAGUGCGAGGCCGACUACUGGCUCGAGGGCGACUCCAUCAUCACCUGCGGACUCGACGGAAAGUGGAGCGCCCACACGCCCUCCUGCGAACUGAUUACGUGCGAGGAGCCUGAGGUGCCGAAUGGUGGCUUCGUGAUCGGCUACGAUUUCAACGUGCAUUCGCGCAUCGAGUACCACUGCGAGCCGGGACACUUGCUGCGUGGAGAGCCCACGCGCGAGUGCAACAGCAACGGAGAGUGGUCCUCGCGCGCUCCUUCCUGCCAAUACGUGGACUGUGGAAAAUUCUCACCUGUGCCAUACGGCUCGGUAAAGUUGCUCAACGACACGACCUACGUGAACAGCGAGGUCGAGUUCUCGUGCGUGCGGAAUUACAGACUGAGCGGAGGCCAGGCGCACCGCGUUUGCCAGGAGGACGGAUCGUGGAGUGGAUCCACGCCAAGAUGUGAAGAAAUUCGUUGUCCGGAGCCUGUGCUGGCCGAGCACGCGAUCCUGAGCGUGACAGGUAACGACCGCGCCUACGGACGAACCCUGAUCAGGACGGCGGCCGAGAGCAACGCCAACUCGGCCGCGACCUACAAGAUUUCGGCGCAGGCCAAGUACAGGUGUGAACGCGGCUACCGACUCAUCGGCGAAGGGCUGCGCACCUGCGAAGAGUCGGGCAUCUGGAGUGGCGGUGUGCCACAAUGUGAAUACGUUGACUGUGGUCAGCCGGAAGAAAUUCCGUUCGGACGGGUCAACCUGGCCUCCAACGCGACCUACUACGGCGUCGUCGCGCUUUAUGACUGCGUCAAGAACUACAAAAUCGACGGUUACGAGCGAAGAAUGUGCCUUGAAAAUGGCUCUUGGAGUCACUCACCUCCCGUUUGCUCAGAAAUCCUGUGUCCGUCCCCGACGCAAGACAACGGUCUGAUCGCCCAGGUGAGCUCGUACAGCGUGGGUGGCGUUGCUCGCUACUUCUGCCCCAGGGGCUACAACAUGGAGGGCAACGACACCCGCGUCUGCCUCCAGGGUGGAACCUGGAGCGGCUACAUGCCCGCCUGCAGAGCCGUUGACUGCGGACACCCUGGAAUAGUCGAAAACGGCCGCGUGGUGCUGCCCAACCAGACGACGAUCUACCUGAGCCCUGUCGAGUACCACUGCAUUCCGCAGUAUAAACUGGUUGGCCAAUACCUGAGGCGCUGCAAGGAGGACGGAUCCUGGUCUGGAGACGAGCCCACUUGCGAACAAGCUUCCUUGGCGGACAGUGCAGCCUCCCAGCAGAUGGGACUCAUCAUCGGCAUCUGCGCCGGAGUGCUGCUCUUCCUGCUGCUCCUGCUCGGAGUUUUUUACAUGAGACUGCGGAGGCCAACGCUGGUGAAGAAUUCUGAAAACGUGCAGGGUGCCGAGGUGAAGGAGGAGACGCGUGCGGCGGUGAUGUCGUACGCGACGCUGAGCGACCCGUACAACCGCGGACCGAACAUCUACGAGAACAUCGCCGGCGAGACGAACACGUACGACACGCCGUACGAGACGGCCGGCCGGCGGGACAGCGGCGACAGCGGCCACUACGAGCCGUCGCCCACGCCCACCAGGGUCGAGAGCACGGUCACCAUCAACGGCGUCGCCAUUCGCUGACCUGCGCGGCGCCACAAUUGUGAUACACGAACACGACUUUAGGACGAAUGAGAGUGAACCUUUAUUUUUAGUUAGUUAGCUGUGUACAUAAUAGCUGGGUAAUUUUUAUUUUUAUGAUCCGAUGCGUGUGAAUACGUGAAUAAAUUUUAGAUGUAUGUCUAAAUUAUGUGCGACAAUUUAA